AUGUCCGCUACAACGCUACCUACACCCACCGCUGCAGAACUCGCCUUUGAGCUUGAGAAAGCCGCUAUCACAUCUUACGAAGAAGGCUGGGAUCGAUGGGACGGACCAAUCUACCCAAUCGGCUACAUACAAUGUCGGAUGCAAGAAGACGGAUAUGUAGCACCCAACUUCGAGGAUGCAAAAGCGAAAGGUGUUGAAGUGAAGGUCGAGGAUGUGAGCGCAGAUUGA